AUGUUCCUUACAAAGUUUCGUCUUGGAUCUGUCCCCCAGCAGGCCAUCCCUGGCGGAGUCAGAAGGCUAUCGACCACGGUGCCUGUGCGGCAGGGAGUGACCCUAUUACAGGACAAGGAGAAUGGCUUCGGGUUUGCAAGGUCUAAUCCAAGGCCAGAUAAACCAAGAAGCAAGGGCGUGACAGAGAUCCGGGGUCCGUACUACACGGCCAUGGGGAAGCGCUAUCUCGCAGAUAUUCUCGAAACGAUGGGUAAUCAUGUGGACGGUCUGAAAUUUGCUGGAGGUUCCUUCUCCUUGUUCCCGGAGAAGCCUUUGCGCGAAUUAAUUGAUCUAGCCCACGACCAUGGUGUAUAUGUUUCGACCGGAGGCUGGGCCGAGCAUCUGCUCACACACCCUGAUGCGAAUACCGUCUUUGACCGCUACCUGAGUAAGUGCAAGGACCUCGGGUUCGAUGUCAUCGAGCUCUCUUCUGGAUUCCUGUCGAUCCCCGAGGAUGACUGGCUUCGACUGGUCGACAAGGUCCAUUCGUACAAGCUCGACCCCAAGCCGGAACUGGGCAUCCAGUUUGGAGCUGGUGGUGAUACCCCAGCCUCGGGCCUGGAAGCCAUUGGAACCUCUGAUCCCGGAAAGCUGGUCAAUCUGGGCCACAAGUUCCUCGAUGCCGGCGUGAAGCGUGUCGAAGAUCAUGAAGGAGCUCCCCCGGAGAAUGUCAUGUUCGAAGCGGCGGACCCCAAAGUGUACAACUGGUACAUCCGCGAGUUUGGCAUCGACGUGAACCUGUUUGUGGACCAUAGCCAGAUUGUGCAGUUGACAUGCCUCCGGGCGGGGAUCUGGGGCACCGCAGACACGUUUGGCAAGAUAGUCUCGUUCCGCUAG